GCAUUUCUCUGUGGGUGGAGGAUCGCGAGAAGGUGGAGUUCAAUUAAAGUUGUCCUGUUUCACAGAGCUGCGAGUGAGGAGAGUCACUGAUAUAUUUGAGUUCAUGUAGGAGCACGCACACGGCUAGCGAUGUCCCCGCUGAUUAGAACUUGCGUUCUCGUAGCGGGGAUUGUUAUAUUCUACAUCGCUUACCUGCUUUUGGGAGCGCUUGUUUUCUCUUACAUCGAAGGACCGGUGGAGGAGACGCUGAGAACUGACUUGACGUCUCUCAAACAGCAAUUUCUCAACCAGAGUUGCAUCAACGCAUCGCAGUUGGACGUCUUUUUGGAAAGAGUUUUGAAGGCCAAUAAGUACGGCGUUUCAGUACUCCGAAAUGGUUCAGGCCAUUCAAAUUGGGAUCUGGCCUCGUCUUUGUUCUUCGCGAACACUUUGGUGACGACAGUAGGAUAUGGCCAUACCACGCCCCUGUCGGACGUGGGCAAGGCCUUCUCCAUUAUCUACGCUCUGCUGGGUGUUCCCUUCACCAUGAUGGUCCUGGCCGCCUGCGUCCAUCGCCUCAUGCACGUGCUGACCUACGGGCCCCUGAAGGUCCUGCAGGACCAUGCGGGCCUGCAGCCGCGGCUGGCCAGCACCGUGCACUUCGGCCUGCUGCUGAUCCUGGUGGUGCUCUCCUUCUUUGCCGUGCCCGCGCUUGUCUUCAGCACCAUCGAGGGCAACUGGUCCUUCCUGGACGGCUUCUACUUCUGCUUCAUAUCGCUCUGCACCAUCGGCCUGGGCGACUUUGUCCCGGCGGAGCAGCCGAGACAGGAGUACAGGGCUCUCUACAAGAUCGCUGUGAUGGUCUACCUCUUCGUCGGUUUGAUGGUGAUGUUCCUGGUUCUGCGCACGUUCCACAGGCUGGCCGACGUCCAUGGCCUCACAGCGUUCUUCCACUUACCCAGCUACGAUGACCUGGCGGAGGACAGGGAGCCCAUCGUGGAGAAGGCCGAAAAGGAGGACACUCGAGAGACCACCAAGCCCCUGGACCCAAGCUCUCAAGUCUCCUACAACUCCUUUGGCAGAUGAAGGACUCUUUUGUGCUCAUUUGCCUCUGCCCUAUUUGUUUUUUUUUGUUUGUUGUUGUUGUUUUGUUUAUGGAGGGUGGGAGUGGCGAUUAGUCACCUACCCUAUGAAUAGAAGGGGGUGACCCUUUGGCUGAUGUGACAUUGGUCAGGGUAGGUACGCUUGACCCCACAAGAACAUCUCAAAGAGGAUCAAACAUGUUUGUGGCACACUAGACUGAGGCAUGGUGAUUGUGGAUAUUUGUUUUUGGACUGGACCGGCUAGCUGGUUUUGAGGGUUUGUGUAAAAUCAAAAGCAGGCAGGUAUGAGUGAGAAGAACCCAGUGUAAUUGCAGCACAUGGCCCAGAACUGCUGUAGGAUUGUGUGUAAACAUGACCCUGCCAUGCAGAAGUGGCGUGGGGUGGUGGGGUGUAAAGCCAGACGGCAUUCUACAGAGCCAGAGUGAUUAUUCUGUAUUGACUGAGCAUAACAUAAGCAUUUACUUUGAAGAGGUCCUUUGGGGAGGUUUGCAGGGUUGACACCAGAAGUGACCCUCUCCUGUCUUAUUGAACACUUUCUUCCUGACCACUUUCUUUGUGUUACUGGACAUCAGAUUGCUAUUUAUUUUGAUUUAAUUUUGUUUCCAAUGACAUCAGAGCCUGCCAGCCUGGUGGGGGUGUUGUUGUUGUGUUAUUUGGUAAUGAAGUCUGUCUUUGUGGAGUCCUUAUGCAAUGACAUCGCUUUUGUAGCAUUUGAGUUCUUGUGCACUCUGGUGAUUUCAUAAGCUGUUUACCAGAGCAUGUCGCCCAAAUGUCAACAAUAUUAAAUCUAGAUCAAUGAGAGACCUCGGGUCUCUGGCCCCAUGGAAAAGUUCUCAGGAGCUUGUAUGUUGAGUCUGAACUCCCAUCUUCACCCUCCCCUUGGGACUUUUGGCAAUUGCAGAAAAAGCACUUUUGUUUAGUUUUCCAUUUUCCUGAUUUUUCAGGCCCAUGUUGUGUUCUUUUUUUGUUUUUGUUUUUCUCCCUCCAGUCACAUGUCAUUUGAUUGGGUAAUUUGUCGAAUUCCAUGUCACUGCAUUGCCAUCUGUGACCUCAUCUGCAACUGAACAACCAGCAGUUCUCGAGACUGCAGUGUGUCCACUGACACUAAACAAGUCUUCCUGUCAGUUUCCUGGUUCUAUCCUCUCUUUCUGUCUUGAAUAACUUAAAUAGGAUGUUAUAUAUAUGUGUUUGUGUGUGUGUGUGAAUAUAAACAGUGAGAUAACUGACUUGCACAUAAGUAGCCUUAAAGAUCUUUAUCCACAUGUUGACCCACAGCACAAAGUGUAGGGCUAAUGAACUAUUUAACUCUCGUCAUACCGUGUGAGGCUGUUCUCUGUAUGUGGAGGAUGGUCACAGGGAAAUCCUUAAGUGACCCCUGUGAUGCUCGCUUCUGUUACAUACCCCACAUCAGAGAGACCUGAGGCUGUAGUCUAGGCGGAGGAGCCUGCUUUAAUGUGCCCUCGUUGUCAUCUGCCAGUGACCGAUGCCAGUGCAAUUUUGAUGUUUGAUACAAUUACCAUGUUAUCUUUGAAUUAUACAUGUAGUUGUUUUACUGAAUGUAGUUGUUUUGUUUAAUAGGACAUAAAAGGGUGCUUGAUGGGUAUAUUUUAAAAGAAGUGGGGGUAAAUCGUACUUGUCACUUGAUUCAAUUUAACUAUGCAAAAAAAAAUGUACUCUGCCAUUGUACUCAAAUAAAAUAAAAAAAGAAUAAUUCAAGUAAA